AGUUCUGCAGUCUGAAAUUCAUCAAACGCCAAAACUACUUUGUCUUGUCGACGCUGCAACACCUAUCGGCUAUCGCACCUCAGUAGGAUGGCUCCUUCAGGAGAGGUGCACAUGGAUAUUGCCUUCGCCGUGGUGACUACAGCGGGCGGCGUGAUGGGCUACGUGAAGAAGAAGUCGCUGCCAUCGCUGCUUGGUGGCCUGGCUUUUGGUGCGGCGUACGGGGCCACCGCCUGGACCAUCCAGAACCACGACGCCUAUGUGGGCCACACCGUGGGUGCAGCCACCAGCGCGGUCAUGGCCACCAUGAUGGGCCUGCGCCUGGCCAAGACCAAGAAGGUUAUGCCGUCAGGUAUCCUAACGGGCCUGGGCCUGCUGGGGUUGCUGUACCACGCCAACAAGGCCCGGCAGUGGGCCUAGUCACCCGGCGACCCGUAACAUACGGAAAAUGUACGAGACCUGUUUGGCUGCUCCCGGCCAAGACGCGGUGUCAGGCGGUGGCGGCGGAGAAUGCGCCCAAACCAUCUUGAUACCGCGUACGUGUGGGAAUGUGAGCGGUUGCUCGAUUCGUGGCACGCGAAGUUGAGCGCGGUGGGUGGUGGGUGUUUGCUGGGCGACGGUGUGGUGGGGACGGACCAAACGUGUAGCGUUAUUAAGGAGGUGUGCUGGAAACGGAAAGAGUUGUGCGCGCGGAGAUUACCGUGGGGGCGAGGGGCGUUGGGUGCGUCAGACGGUCAGGGGCCACCCGAGGGGUAACGUCUCGUUUGCGCGGGCCGUUGCGCGCAGUGGAGUGCUUCGCAACCGCGCCCAGCUUCGGCUGUUUGAAGUUGAAGGAAUUUAUACUACUGACAACUCGGUUUUUCAAGCACGUAAUAAGCAAGCCAAGCGUAAUCUGCUUGGGAAAGCGGUUUGUGCGCAUCAGCACCCGCGAUGGGACACCCGCGCCCUUCU